AUGUCUGUUGCUACCCAUGCACCUAUCCUCCUUGAAGACGGCCACAGCAGCGAUCAUGAUGCCUUGAACGAGAUGGGCGAUGUUGAUCACGCUGUACAGCCUAUCACGGAACUACUCUCGCGUGCCUCCCCCGACUCAAGCGAGCAAGUCAGACUCUACUGCACCGUUCCCACCUGGAGUAGCACAUCAAAUUUCUGUCUGGACAUGCACGAUCUCAACGACUUGAGGACCCGUUCUCUCGCCUUCAUCCACAAUUUAGUCAAGGCUCUUCGUGCCGUUGGUAUUCCUGCGUCUUACACUCUGGCUCCGUCCGAUUCUCCACUAUGCCUUGUUUGUGCAUCACAUGCGCACAUGGACAAGCGCCAGGUUCAGAGAUCGGCAUUCGAGGCAUUUGAAAAGUACAAACCCACUGCGAGGUCGCAAGUGUUGCUCGUCGACCUCCAUGACGGCCCCGCCCUCGUCAUCACGUGA